GACAAACUGGGCAAAGCCUGGCUGGACGCACGAUUCCCCUUCCCAUCCUUUCCUGUCGACUCUACAUUCCCCUUCCCUGUUGGUGGACCGUGGAUUGAGUGUUUGUGUGUGUGUGUUCACUCUCUGGUGUGUGUGCCUCUUCUGCAGCCUCUGCUUAUGCCUGGAUAUUGCCCGUCCCUGAUCCUGCGCCGCCCUCCCACUUUCUCCUCAUCUCUCUUUUCCUGCAAGCUGACUCUUUUUUGAUUAGGCCCAGUCAGUCACACACACUCUUUUUACCUUUUUGACUUUCCCGUUCCCGCGCCUGGUCGCUUUUGCCUUCAUUUGGUUCGCCUUUUUGUUUCUACUUCAUCCUCGCCUCUCGCCCUUCCAUCUAGGACCUGUUCCGUGCCGUGUGAGUGUUCGCCUUCUCGCACGCCGCCCGCCGCAGCCCGCCCGACGUCCGAACACCACCGCUUCCCAUCGAGACUACGAACGGCCUCUUCAAACCACGACUCAGAGGUUUGAGGCUUUACAGCCCGGCCGAGAAUGUAACGAUGGACUUCUACUCACGAGCAACAAACGAUGGACCCGUACAUGCUUUUGUUAACCCUUUUGUCGAAUUGAACGCUGGGUUGUGGAGUUUAUUUGCUGGUGCGACCGUUUUCCUCGCACUGCGCCUUUGGUGUAAGAUCACAAGACGACACGGACUGUGGUACGAUGAUUAUAUUCUUGUGAUAUCUUGGACCCUUUUGCUGGCCAACAACAUUUUGAUUGUUUACGAAUUCGCGACCGGCUAUGUACUCAAGGACUCGUCAGAACAAUGGGAUGACCGCAUGCACAUCCUCAUCAAUAUCUCAUCUUGCGGCACUCUCAUCGGACAAGCAUGGACCAAGUCAGCUUUCGGCGUCACACUCAUCCGAAUGAGCAACCAAUGGCAGCGAUGGAUUCUUUAUUUCUGUAUCGUCACGAUGAACGUGUACAUGAUCGCCAAGGUUGUUGUUCAGUGGGGAAAAGUUUGCGGUAGCAAGAGUUACGACGGCGACUACCGACUGAAUUUCUGCCUCGAAAAGAAAUUCCGCGACGACUUCAAGGAGGGCGGAAACGUUUACAACAUCAUCAUGGACUUCGUCUUUGCGUGCUUCCCCUGGUUGAUCACCCGAUCGCUGGAAAUGAGACGCGCUGAGAAGGUUGGCCUAUGUAUCACGAUGAGUUUGGGAAUGAUUGUCGCUAUUGUUGCCGCCAUCAGAGUCAGCUGGAAAGAUGAGGGCAACGGUCGUGAUCAGUGGUAUAUCUGGCGCAAUGGCCUGUCCCAAGUCUGGUACUCGUCGGAAAUUACCGGCACCAUCAUCGUGCAGUGCAUCCCCAUUCUGCGCCCAAUUCUCAGGGAAAUCCACACGUCCUUGACCUCCAAGAGACUGGAGUCUACCGCCGGAGGCCAGAGCACGACCUUCGGAAGCAAGCUCAGCAGUGGCAAGCGGAUAUCUACGGGCGUAAUGCAAAACGACAAGCAGGGAAACGAGCGGAUCGCGCUCCGCGAGAUCCCCGAGGAGCCCGCCGACGACUCACCGUACUGGAAGCAGGAUCCCGCCCGCUCGUCCGACUCGACGACAUCGCCGUCCGAGACCGACUUUAAGCCGCGCCCGCCCACCGCACCGCUGCCCGACAUGUGGCCGCUAUCAGGAAACGAGAGUGCAGAUCUCAACGGAUCUCACUCCGGCAAGAGCUUGGAUUUCGAGCACGACCCUCACAACAUCUCCCAUUUGGAUGUUGAGCAAGGGCAUGUUCAGCAAGGGUUAUCGCCGCCACCACCUCGCAGGUUUCCUUAGCCAUGAUUAGGAACGAAAAGAAAGAAACGAUGUCAAGAUUAUUUCACAAAAAAGGAGGCAGUAGCAGACCGAGAACUCAACCCCAUCCGGUAGAUGUAACUGGACUCCUCACCUCGGCAGAGAGACACCAGACAGCUUCGAGAAUCAUGAGAACAUAGAGAAUGAGCGCACCGAGCAACAAAAGAGGUCCUUCAUCACGCCCAACCCACCUCAUAACCUCCACUUCUCCCCGUCAGCAAACCCGACAUACUGGAUGUUUCGUCCAUGCGGUGGUUUCAAUUGGGGUCCCGGGUUCAAAUCAAGAUCCCUCGACCCGAAGUUCGACAGCUAGCUACCAUACCUCUUUUGUUGCGCAACACGACACGACUCUUUCUCACUCACUCAUGCACCACGACGAUCAUCAAGACCGGCGCGGUCUCAACUCAUGAC